CGCCGCCGCUGCCCUUUGAUCCCGGCGUUAGUGUUAGUUAGGGGCCGGGAGGCGCGCGGGGCGCAGCCCUCGGCACCGCCGCGCCAGCCCUCGCCCCGGCACGGCGCCCGCUCGCCCGCCGGGAACACAUCCCCGGCCGCUGAGGGAUACUGCGACCGGGGACAAGCCAGGUGCACGACCGGGUUGGGGGGGUGGGGGGUGAGAGGAGAGGGGAAAAAAAGAAAGAAAGAGAGAGGGGAGAGGGAGCCCUUCGCGGUGGCUCCGGGAAAACCGGCUUCAGACCCCGUUCCCCCGGCGAAGAGGGAAAACCCGCCCCGGUUAGCAGCUCCCCCGGGGGCCCCGGCUUUGUGCCUGUCUGUCCCCCCCCCCCUCCCGGUCUUAUUUGAUCUCCCGUUAAACCAAGGAGGAGAAUGUGAAAAAAGGGGGAAAAUGCCCAGGAGGAAGCAGGAGCAGCCCAAGCGCCUCUCUUCACAUGGUACCAGACAGGAAGAAGUGGAAGGUGAACUCAGUGAAGAAGAACGCUGGUUUGGAAAUUCUUCAGAAACUCCUUCAGAGGCAUCGUAUGGAGAAGUCCAGGAGAACUUUAAGUUGUCUCUUGAGGACAGGAUCCAAGAGCAGUCCACUUCCCCAGAUACUUCUUUGGGAAGUGCAACUCCUAGCAGCAACACAGCGGAGCUGGGAUCCAUUGAAAAUGAGGCACUAAGAGACACACUACAGAGCAAAGAGCACCUUUCUCCUGAUGUGUCUUCUCUUUGUGAAGAAGAACCUCCUGGUCCAAAUAAGCCACUGAGUAGUAACUUGAGGCGGCUGCUGGAGGCUGGCUCCCUCAAGCUGGAUACUGCUGUUACAGUCAAUGGCAGAGUUGAGUCCCCCGUAAAUCUUGGCUCAGACCUUUCCUUCUCUCCACCUGCUCAUCAUGCCCAGCAGCUAAGUGUUCUUGCCAGAAAGCUUGCUGAGAAACAGGAACAAAGUGACCAAUACAAUGCAGGUAGUCACUUUAUAUGGAAUCAAGGUAAGUGGUUGCCAAAUUCAACCACCACCUGUGGUUUGUCCCCUGAUUCAGCUAUCCUGAAACUGAAAGCUGCAGCCAAUGCUGUUCUGCAGGACAAAUCUCUGUCAAGGACUGAAGACACUAUAAGAUUUGAAUCCUUUUCCUCACCUUUUAGUUCUCAGUCAGCCAGCUCCACAUUAGCAGCUUUGUCUAAGAAAGUGAGUGAAAGAAGCAUGACUCCUGGGCAGGAGCACCCACCUCCAGCUAGUUCUUUCCUUUCUCUGGCUUCCAUGACCUCUUCAGCUGCCCUUCUCAAGGAGGUUGCUGCAAGGGCUGCAGGCACCCUGUUGGCUGAAAAGAAGAAAUCACUGGUUGCUGAGGAUCCCCUGCAGCUUUCAGAGUUGAAGCAAGAGAAAGCAACUCCACCACAGUCUUUGGAAUUACUGUUACUGCCAGUCCCUAAGGGAAGAGCAUCUAAACCCGCUACUACAGCCUCAGAAGAAGAAGGAGGAAAACCUUUCCAGUGUCCAAUCUGUGGUUUGGUUAUCAAGAGGAAGAGUUACUGGAAACGGCACAUGGUGAUUCAUACAGGUUUGAAAAGUCAUCAGUGUCCACUCUGUCCAUUUCGCUGUGCACGCAAGGACAAUCUCAAAUCACACAUGAAGGUUCAUCAGCACCAAGACAGGGGUGAGACCUUUCAAUGCCAGCUAUGCCCUUUUACCUCCUCCCGCCACUUCAGCCUGAAACUUCAUAUGCGUUGCCAUCAACAUUUCCUCAGGACAGAACCCAAAGUGAAGGAGGAAAUACCAGAAACUGAGGUGAAGGGGUCACCACAGAGAAAUAGUGACUCCUGCCCGGGACCACAGAGGGAAGGAGGUGGACCUGAACUUACAGGAUCAGCAUCUGUAUCUAAAACACCUGAUGUGGCUGGGCAGCCUAGUGGAGGUAUUCCACCUUUACUAGUGAAAGAAGAGCCCAAAGAUGACAAUGGCAUAUCAGCUGCACCUUUUGCUCUUAGCACUGUUGACAGAGCGCCCAACAACACAAAGCUGAAAGACUCCUCUGACUUUGUGGCCAAUACAGCAUCAGCACUAUUCAGCCAAGACAUCUCUGUCAAGAUGGCAUCAGAUUUUCUUAUGAAGCUGUCAGCUGCAAAUCAAAAAGAGCCCUUGACUCCUAAAUUUAAAGUGAAAGAGGAGCCUACAGAUGAAGAAGCUCCAAGUUCAGCCUUGUCUCAGUCCAGCUAUGUGUUCAGCCAGGAACCUGAAGCCUCAGCUCCAAACAUCCCUGAGGAGAAACUCAAACCACAGGAAGCACAGGCAAAUGUAAUGAGGCAGGACAUGUCAGUCAAGGCAGCAUCUGAGCUCCUCAUGAAGCUCUCAGCUGAGAGUUACAAGGAAACCCAGAUGGUAAAGAUAAAGGAAGAACCAAUGGAAGUUGACAUUCAUGAUUCGCAGGCUUCAGUGUCACCCAGCCAACCCAGCCAGAAUGUUGGCUACAGCACUUUAUUAGGGCGAGACAUUAGUGAACACGUACAGAAGGCACCAGAAGGCCGUGUGCUCCCAGAAAGAAAUCUGUUCAGCCAAGACAUAUCAGUGAAGAUGGCAUCUGAGCUGCUCUUCCAGUUAUCAGAAAAGGUGAGCAAAGAGCACAACCACAAUAAAGAUAACACCAUCAGAACUACAACCAGCCCUUUCUUUUCUGAAGACACAUUUAGACAAUCACCGUUCACUUCCAACUCGAAAGAUCUCCUGCCUAAUGACACUACUCUUCAUGGAAGGACAUCUGCACCAGAAACAGAAAAGCUGGGGCUGGAGGUGGGAAAUGGAUUGCCAUCUUGGAAAUUUAACGACCAGCUCUUUCCCUGUGACGUUUGUGGAAAAGUGUUUGGUCGACAGCAAACUCUGUCCCGGCAUCUCUCACUGCACACAGAAGAGAGAAAGUACAAAUGCCACUUGUGCCCCUAUGCUGCUAAGUGCCGUGCUAAUCUGAACCAGCACCUGACCGUCCAUUCUGUGAAGCUGGUGAGUACAGACACUGAGGACAUUGUCAGCGCUGUCACUUCUGAAGGCAGCGAUGGAAAGAAGCACCCUUAUUACUACAGCUGUCACGUGUGUGGGUUUGAGACCGAGAUGAAUGUCCAGUUUGUCAGUCAUAUGUCCCUCCAUGUGGAUAAAGAGCAGUGGAUGUUCUCCAUUUGCUGCACAGCGUGUGAUUUUGUCACCAUGGAAGAGGCAGAUAUGAAGGCUCAUGUCAACAGCAAGCACACAGCUGAAGAGAGGAAGACACCCAGUGAAUCUAACAGUCCAUCUUCAUCUUCGCUGUCAGCACUGAGUGACUCUGCCAACAGCAAAGAAGAUGCAGAUAUAACUCCAAAAAACAAGGGUUCAAACAACCUGCUAGUCAUUUCGGUAGUGCCUGGUAGUCAGACCUCAGUGAACACUGAAGAGAAGUCAGAGAAAGGCUUUGAAUGUGUUUUCUGUAACUUUGUCUGCAAAACGAAAAACAUGUUUGAGCGCCAUCUGCAAAUCCACCUGAUCACACGGAUGUUCGAGUGUGAUGUGUGCCACAAGUUCAUGAAGACACCUGAACAGUUACUGGAGCACAAGAAAUGCCACACUGUCCCCACCGGUGGGCUCAAGCAUCCAGAAGAGCCUGAAGAGAUCUAAGUAAAUUGUAUUUUUCUGUCUCCUGUUUGCUGUGGGGGAAGAGGAAAAAAUAUGAUUCCUCCUGCUCCAGGUCAAAAUCUGAGAUUCUGAUCCAGAGAGCACCCAGCCCAGGAGAGGUAUGUGUGCACAGACAGCUGAGUCCUCUUGCAGUAGAGCCGAUCACGUUAGCAGCCUCAGUGCCAGGCUCCCUCUCUGGAUCAGAGUACUUGAUGUGCAUCGGGAAAAGGGUCUGGAUGUUUUAGUAUCCGUUUGUCCUCCCGUAUUACUUAAUAUGCUCUUGAUUGGCAGGUAAUUAAUAUUACACCUGUAUGUGCAACCAGUGGUAGCAAGGGAAAACACACACGGAGAGAGAGGAUCUCUGCUAGGGGAUGAUGCGAAAUGCCAGAACACAAUUGGCAGGCCUGCUUUACUGUUAAUGCGCAUCAGUGGCAGUGGAAACACUUGUAAGACAGCAGCCAGGUGCUGUAAUUACACUUGUAUUUCUUCAUCUAGACCUGCUCUUUUAGCUCACCAGUUAGCUGCGGAACAGAGGCGGCUUUGUUUAGCACAGCAGAGAUCCCUGGCAGGUAGCUGUCCUCACCAACUUCCUCUCAGCUACGUCAAGCAACAGCGGGUGUGUUUGGGAUUUGUUGGUGUCCAGGCUUGUUCAGCUCGGGCUUCCUUCCAAGCUUUCAAGCUUCCCUCUUCCAGCCUUCUAGGCCCUUCCUGGUUCAGGAACCAGGGGUGAGGCCCUUUGCCAUGUCCACCCCGGUCCGGAUGCUUGCCGCUGUGAGUAAGCAGAGCCCACAUCCUGUUCCCACACAUGAACAAUUCCUGUCAUGGCAGGGGCAGCUGUAGGCAAAUGCUGCCAAGGACAGGCCCCCUUUGAGCAUGGCUAGAUCCAACUCCCAGAAAUGAGAAUCCCUACAGCUCAUCCUAACAGACUGGCUUUCAGCUGCUCCUAGCAGGAUACCCAGCAAACUUAUUGUUCAAAGUCACAUAAGAGGAAUUUCCUAAGCUUUUGCUGUACAUGUGGUAUUACAAGUUUAUUCCAUCUUUACUUAAACAGCUGCUUUCAUACUCAUCUGUAAACACUCACUUUAAACCACUUCUUAACGGAAAAAAUGGCCAAAGUGACUUCGUGCAGAUACUAGGAAUGUCGUUACACAAAGUACCUGUGAAUCAAUCACCCACUCUGCACUACCCGGCCUGCUUUGCAGAAUCUUCCCCAUCAAGGUAAGCCAGAAGAUUAAAGGGAUGCUCCUUCAGCGUGAAUCAGUGUUUCCCUAGGAACGCGUGAGUGCUGUUGCCACUGGAUGGGCAAAACUCCUCUAAGUAGAAAUGUGUCAGGGUGAGCCGAGUAUUCGAAGGAGGCUCCGCAGGGAGAACUGAGUGCCUUUUUGCUCUUCUUCAGUAGGUCAGAGAGGGGUUGAGUGACAGGGUUAAACCAGGAAUGCAGGUCUUCUAGCUGAGUGACUUCUCUUUUCUCUGUCCAUGCCUUUCCUUGCUGUGUUGCCAGGUGCCCAUUCUGCAUCUACUCCACUAACCGCCCCGCAGCGAUGGAGUGCCACCUGAAGACUCACUACAAGAUGGAGUACAAGUGUCGGAUCUGCCAGACAGUGAAAGCCAAUCAGCUGGAGCUGGAGAUGCACAUCCGAGAACACCGCCUUGGCAACCAUUACAAGUGUGACCAGUGUGGCUACCUGUCCAAGACCGCCAACAAGCUGAUUGAACACGUGCGUGUCCACACCGGCGAGCGCCCUUUUCACUGUGACCAGUGCAGCUACAGCUGCAAACGCAAAGACAAUCUCAACUUGCACAAGAAACUGAAGCAUGCUCCGCGCCAGACUUUCAGCUGCGACGAGUGCCUGUUCAAGACUACCCACCCUUUUGUCUUCAGCCGCCAUGUGAAGAAGCACCAGAAUGGGGACUGCUCCGAAGAGGAGAAGAAGGGCCAGUUUUCAACCUCCAAGGAAGCCAGUCCACUCCUUCCAGUGAACAGCUCCAGAAACCUCCUGUCGCCCCUCUCAGUUAUGUCUGCCUCCCAGGCUCUGCAAACAGUGGCGAUGUCAGCUGCACACGGCAGCGGGACAGAGCCAAACCUGGCAGUGAAAGCCUUGGCCAUCAACGGCACUUCCCUGUGCUUUGAUAAAUACUGGAACUCAGAGUAUGCCCACCUUAUUCCUUUAACAAUGUUUUUCCCCAAAAACCACUACGAGCUCACAUUCCAUCCACCCAGACCUCAGACUGCACCAGGAGGUGCCUCCUCACCUAAACACUCCUUCCUUGCCUACCUUGGACUAACAGAAAGGGCAGAAACUGUCUGAGGGCAGUUACAUUCUGUACCAAAAAUACCCCAACAAACCCAGCAGGUAUACAUUGCUGCAAAACGUAGACCCAAGAGGUAACGAACACUUGUACUAUAUCAUUAGUAAGAUUUAGAAAAUGGCUCUGUGUGUAUACUUAUUGCAUUGACAUGAAAGCUGCUUUAUUAAAUCUUCAAGAGGUGACCUACUGCAUACUUCUACCUUCAGAGGCAUGUUCCCAGUACUCUUAUCUAAGAAACUAUUUUGUCUUGUUAAGCUGAAAAAAAAAAAGAGUGUCCUUAAUGGCAAUCAGCACUUGUAAGAUUACAUAUUGAUGCAUUUUAUUUUGGGGCUUGGUGUGCCUGCGGGUGCGUGGAAGAGAGCCUGCCUGUAGCGUGCCAUGACAUUGCUUUUGCACAUCCCUUGUACUGGCUUAUUUAUUUAUUAUUCUUUUCCCCUUUUCACACACAUGCUCCCUCCCUUCUCUCCCGUCUCUCCCUGAACUGCAGAGUUGUGGAAGGAGUAACGCUUGGUUCAGGGCGGGUUGGUCUAUUAUUUCAGUGCUGUUUGCAGCUUCCUUCAGUUGUUUGAUGCCUUGUGCUCACUCAGUUGUCAAGGUUUGAGGAUUUGGGGUAAAACUGAGGAGGAAAAAGUUGCUUUCAGCACUGCAGGAUCAGAGCAUGACAAUGAAACGUGUGUGUAUGUACGUGCACGCAGGCGCAGUGUGUGCAGUCUACGUGCUCACACAGCAGGCCCGAUUCUUAACUGUUACACAGGUGUAACAAACACCCACCUCUGGGCCAUAGCAUACAUCUUUUGUUUUAAAAGGGCAUAUAAAUAUUAUAUAUAUAUAUACUGUAUUAUGCAGUGGUUACCUUUUAGUUUGCAGGAACAACUUGUAUAACUAGAAUCCUAUGGUGGAAAAAAAGAAAAUCCAGCAAGGGGAUUAAAAAAGGGUAUGGAUAAAUUCUGGGUAUAAAUACUCAGACUAAAAAAAAAAGGCAGUUUUGCACAGUGCUUUAGUCUUGCACUAGUUUGUUUCUCACUUGCAAAAAAGAAAAAAAAAAGAAAAAAUCCCAAAUGUGGGCUGAAGGUAAGAUGACUGUUCAUUUGAAAAGGUACCAAUAACUUCUUUGAAAUAUAAAGCUAUAAAAAGAUGCUGUUUGAACCACACAGUUCUCUUUUAUACCCUCAGUAUUUCAACUGUACUUGCAAAUUCUACAGUCCUGUUGCUACCCUCCGUGUUAUUAGUAAUACUUUAUUCCUUUUUGUUAAUGGCAGACAGAGUGGACACUGCUAGGAAGCUAACUUUAUACUUAGUUAACACUCCUACUCAUGGUCAUUAGAAUGACAUGUUAUAUGUAGCACUUUAUUGCAGGAAGAAGCAAACGCAGAUUGGUUGUAUAACCAUUGUUAAUCACAAAAUGCCAGGAGUGAUCUUAAUUUCCAAGAAGCUAACUGACUGUAAAUGGAUUUGUGUUUCUUAGACAGCUGAAUAUCCAGGAAGGAAGAUCAGGAUUAAAAAUACUCUGCAUUAAAAUUGGAAGUAUAAAAUACGAAACAUAUCAAAGUUAUCACAUGACUUACAGGAAUGCUUUCUUACUGGACUGUUGUUUUCCGUGGCAUCUCUUGGAUUCAGAUCUCGCUGUCUUUUCACCAGGAAUUAGAAAUGUCUGACCUGGCUUGUGUCAGAGUCCCCUCUCCGUCCCUUGGCCAAGCCGCUCUAGGAGGUACCCUGGGUCACAUCUAACACACCGUCCAUCCACCCCCAUGCUGUCCUAGAGGAAUGGCCUUCUGCAGGCUGCUGUGGCAUGGGGGGAUACGACAGGCCAACCCCUUGUUCGUAACAGCACGAAAGCAAGUUCAGGAAGGCAUUUCUGGUCCACAAGGGCUCUUAGCCAUAUACACAACUAGAAACAGAACUCAAUCUUCGUUAGUUUGUACAUGAAACUUGUGUAGAAAAACUUUUUUGAUGCAAAACUCAUGAUUUAACCUGUCUGCAAGAUUCCUACAUUUGUUUUGCACUGAGAUCGCCAAACAUUCUCCACUGUCAUGACCAAACUCUUCCUGUUUGGGGAGGACAUCCUAAUGUGUUCACUCUUCUUAACAUACUGGAAGCUACUUACAAGGGGGAAAUGUCCAAAAUAGUAGGAGGUCAGCAUUUGGAAUUAUUAAUUAAAGAAGUCCCACCAUUUUGUUUACAUUCCAGCAGGCAGUUUUGGUUCUACCGAGCAUGUGGCAGUUCUGUCUGUCUCCGCAGUAAGGCAAAGCCAUCUGUUCCAAGGUAUGUACAAAUGUCUGUAAGCAACCUACCGAACUCAGGGCCCUGUUUGCCAUGCUUUACUCCAUCAGAACUCCCGAUAACACACACACACACACAUCCCCCCCCAGAGGACAGACAAAAUAGAAAAUGCUGGGUUAGUAAAUACGCAAAGCAUAAAAAAUUGAGUGGCUUGCCAGCAUGAAAUGUGCAGUCUGCAUCCAGAAACUAUACCUGGUCUUUGAAAUACACCCAGUGCGUAGAUCUCUGACCCCACCAUAGAUGAGCAACCACUUCCAAAUCAAAAAGCUUAUGUUCCAAACCAGCAGGUAAAGUACAACAGGUGAAGUCUAGGAGGAGGACGUAGGAAUAUUAGUAGGACACUUUAUGUAAACCGAACAGCAGUUUAAACAGGGCUGGAACUUCCAAGAAUGAGCUGUCAGCAUGCAACGAUGUUCGCUGUACCAGUAUCUGAUCUAGUAAUGUUUAAUGUACCUGGGAAUUUGUUUAGCACUUUGGAAAGGAUAAAUCAAUUCUUUCUGGCAAGUUAUAGAAGUUUUCUCUGUAAGGAAAAGUGUGUGAGGAGGUUUUUAUUUUUUUAAGGAAAAAAAAAUACAGUAUUUAUCAGAGCUCCUGCAUAUUAAAACAAUUGGUUUGCAGUUCAAGGCUGAAGAAUGUUCUCCAGAGGUUCCCCCCACUGACUAAUGACCAACAGUUCUGAUCAAUUCCCCCCCACCAUGAAGGUAAUUUCAUACUAGUUUUCACUAUGCAUUCUUUAAGGAAAGCUAGCAUGGUUUUCCAUUCGGUAAUUCAGUUAAUGUUCUCAGCACUUUCUUCUGUCUCUUUUUUUUUACUACUUCUAUUAUGUUCAACUAUCAUUCUGUCAAGGUUUGUGUACAUUAAUAAAAAUUUGUAUUGUAUAAAGCUUUUUGCAUUAUAAGGCUGUACAGGGUCAUUUUGACAGUAACUGGUAUAUUUCUUUGCAUCUUACGUUGCAUUGCCAAUUUCUAGUGUAUCCAGUUUGGAAGUACAAUAUACUCUAAUUAAAAAGGUUGGCUAUA